UCUCAAACCAUCUCCACGCACUCUAAGCCAUAUUCUUGGAGAACACACAGCACACCAUCAGUCUCUACAGGGCAAUGGUGGCCACCACCAUGUCUCUUUCCUCUUCGUCCUUCGCCGGCAAGGCCGUGAAGAACUUGCCCUCGCCGGCUCACAUUGGCGAGGCACGUGUGACCAUGCGCAAGACCGCCGUGAAGGCCAAGCAGGUUUCGUCGGGCAGCCCAUGGUAUGGCUCUGACCGUGUGCUCUACCUCGGCCCCCUUUCCGGGGAGCCGCCUAGCUACUUGACUGGUGAGUUUCCCGGUGACUACGGAUGGGACACCGCCGGGCUCUCGGCUGAUCCUGAGACCUUCGCCAAGAACCGGGAGCUCGAGGUGAUUCAUUGUCGAUGGGCCAUGCUCGGUGCCCUUGGUUGUGUUUUUCCCGAGUUGCUUGCCCGCAAUGGCGUGAAGUUUGGCGAGGCCGUCUGGUUCAAGGCUGGCUCUCAGAUCUUCAGCGAGGGUGGCCUCGACUACCUUGGCAACCCCAACCUCGUUCAUGCUCAGAGCAUCCUCGCCAUCUGGGCUUGCCAGGUUGUGCUCAUGGGUGCCGUUGAGGGGUACCGCAUUGCUGGUGGUCCGCUCGGCGAGAUCGUCGACCCACUCUAUCCUGGUGGCAGCUUUGACCCGCUUGGCCUGGCCGACGACCCCGAGGCAUUUGCGGAGCUCAAGGUUAAGGAGAUCAAGAAUGGACGCCUUGCCAUGUUCUCCAUGUUUGGCUUUUUUGUGCAGGCCAUUGUCACUGGCAAGGGCCCACUGGAGAACCUUGCAGACCACAUUGUCGACCCUGUCAACAACAAUGCGUGGGCAUUCGCCACCAACUUUGUGCCCGGGAAAAGAUUUGCCGGCUCCCAAAUCUUCAACGAAGGUGGCCUCGACUACCUCGGCAACCCAAGCCUCGUCCAUGCUCAGAGCAUCCUUGCCAUUUGGGCUUGCCAGGUUGUGCUUAUGGGCGCUGUUGAGGGGUACCGUGUUGCCGGCGGCCCACUCGGCGAGAUCGUUGACCCUCUCUACCCGGGCGGAAGCUUUGACCCACUCGGUCUGGCUGAUGACCCCGAGGCAUUCGCCGAGCUUAAGGUGAAGGAGAUCAAGAACGGCCGCCUUGCCAUGUUCUCAAUGUUUGGCUUCUUUGUCCAGGCCAUAGUCACCGGCAAGGGCCCACUCGAGAACCUUGGUGACCACAUCACCGACCCUGUCAACAACAACGCCUGGGCAUUUGCCACCAACUUCGUCCCCGGCAAAUAAGGUGUUCUGGAGCUGCUCACAGUGAAGUGUGAGGUUGUGUGGUUUGAUUUGUACUACCAUGAUGUAAAUUAUGAGAAUUGAAUUCUCUGGAGAAGCAUUGUUAGAUUUGGCA